AUCCAGAGGAUAAGCUGAAAGUUCACAGGGAACCAAAACGGUGCUACCCACCCCAAUAAACAGCACACAGUUCUAGCACAUAGCAAGGCUGUCACCUGAAUGAAGAGUUGUACAGAGCACUACUCUACUUUAAAUCCCUCCUUUUAAAGUUCAAAAGGGAUUGUAUUUGUGGAAAGCAGGCUUUUGAUUAGCUCUGGAAAACUUGAGCGUGAGACUGCACCACAGAAUAUCCUGACUACAAGACUUUCCCCUCCAGGGGUAUCAAAGCCUUCCUUUUCUCCCCCCCAAAGCAGCUGUCCCAUUCAAUCUCCCUUUCCGUGGCCGAGGAGCUCCAUUAGACACCAGAUAUACUAGGAAUACAGGGACCCUGUCAAACUGCAAUAUGGCUGAAAAUGAUAAUACAACUAUGACCCCUGGUGUUGGAGAGAAUGAAGAUGGAACAGAUGCAGCAAUCAUUGGAGGUGUCAUCGGUGCUGUAGUGUUGGUCCUGAUUUGUCUGCUGGUGGUGAUUAUGCGAUACCUGUACCAACACAAGGGCACCUACCACACCAACGAGGCCAAAGGCACCGAAUUCGCAGAGAACGCAGACGCAGCCCUGAAGUGUGAUCCCUCCCUUCAAGAGGCUGUGGACGAGAGCAAGAAGGAAUACUUCAUUUGAGAAGAAUCACAAGCACUCUCUUCCCAUUCUGUGUUUCUGGAACCGUAUAACAAAACACGUAGAGAAAAACAUGCUUUCCUAUCACCUCCCCUUCAAGGGUGGUUAGACAAGCUGUUAUUUAGAAUUAAAGAGCUGGAAUUAAAGAUACCCCAACGGUAUUCAGCAUUCUACAGUUCUCAAAGAUCACAUCUCUCAAUCCUUGUUGAGAAUUCCAGCAAUUGCCAUCUUCCGAGAUGGUAGCUGUGCUGGCUCACUUAAUAUCAAUUUUUAUAACUGCAUGUGUUUUUUUUGUAUUUUAAUUUUUUUUUAUUUUACUAUUAACAAGGUCUACCCUCAUUUGGUUAACCAUUGGCAGUCUUCUUGGUAUACGGCACCUGCCAAACCAUGUUCAAGCCAAUUUCAGUUUUACAGCACGAUCGUAUUUUAGAACCAGUGGUUUUAGGUUUUAUAUACCAGUUGCAUAUUCAGUAAAAAAAAAAAAAAAUAAUAAUAAUAAACACAUUCAUGUUUAUGCUAAAUCACCAACUCUUAGUAGUCUCUCAGGCUCACAAACAUUUGCUGGAAUUUUCAGAAUGGACACACAGCCAUCAUUGGGUUCAAUAUGCAAGUGUUUUAUGGUCAAAACAUAAUUAUUUCCUGUUAUCAGUUUUUAAGGGUUUAAAAGAUGGAAAUAAGCCAAAUACACCCAAAUCUAUUGUUUAAACAGUUUUUUAUAGAAGUGUCAAAUAUAUAUGGGGUUUUCAAAUGCUUGUAGCUGAGAAAAGUCUAGGUUCUUGUUCAAUAUUUAAGAAAAUUAUUUUGUAUUUUAAUGUGAUUUCAAGGUUUGUAUUAACCAAUUCUUUAACAUAACAACAUUGCUACGAGUCCCUAAUUGCUUUAGGUAUUUAUUUCCUGUGUUACAGGUAAUAUGACCCCGCCAGAGAGAUCAGAUGUGCUUUAUUACCUGUAACACCCAUAUAUAUAUGUAUCAUGUUUCAACCGUGCUACACCAUGUUUGGUAUAUGGCACGACAGUCAAUUGUUCAGCUCAUACAUAUUUUCAUUGUCAGACAAGGGGGUUUCAGAACACUGCAAUGCACAGUCAUUGUUAUACUAUGAGUGUCCAAGAAACUGUCAUGGUUUGCAAUACUACCAUAGUUUACCAGGGAAUACUUACAAAAACAUCAGCAGCAAAUCAAUAAGGAACUUGUGAGAAUGUUAGUCGAAUUAAAGAUAAGGAUAUAUGUAAAACUUUGGUAGUUACAAAUGUAAGCAGUAUAGCUAUAACAUAUCACCUAACGUAUCAGGGCUUGUUGGCUUUUAAAGGCAGAGAAAAGACAUUUCAAACAAUCUUUUGGCUUGUUGUUAAAACAAAUAAACACUGUUAAGAAGCCAGGUUUAUGUUCUAUGUGUCUAUUAAACAUGUUUUGUUUUCCAGUC